CAUUGUUUUCCAAAGUCGUCAACGAGCGAGACGGCUGUCAGUUAUUCCGAACUGAACAGCGUGCACUAGACAGACGGGCUCUUGGCACGGUUGGCGCAAGCGACAGCCGACACGUGCCGACAACUACUGGACAGGUCAAAAUGAGCCAGGAAGCACUGCUCGUUUAGGAAAUUUCCCAGAGAUGAGCGGGACAGAGGAAGAGGGCAAUCCAUCACUAGUAACAAUGACAAGUCCCCGCAUCUUAGAUCCUUGGAGGAGGCACAUUAAGCGGGGUCUAUUCACGACGCACAGGAGAACUACACAGCUCAGAUAACCAGCCCAGAAAGCUGAUCAGUGGUGCUCGGAACAACGCAAACAUGUGCGCACAAGCACUGUGGCUUUCAUCUUCACUUCAAAGAUAAUUCCAACAAUGUCAGUGAAGUCUUACGGAGUUGCUCUCGGGUGGUGUGCAGCAGCGUUCCUCGUCAGGUUCAUCCUGGCCGCCUACGGGGAGUGGCAGGACAGGACCAUGCUUGUCAAGUACACCGAUGUGGACUAUCAUGUCUUCACCGAUGCGGCUAGAUAUGUGUCGCAGGGCGCAUCACCGUAUCAAAGAGCGACCUACAGAUAUACCCCUCUUCUAGCAUGGGCGCUCAUCCCCAACAUCCAUCUCUCUCCACUCUUUGGUAAGAUCGUCUUCAUCUUUUGUGACGUUCUCACUGGUACCCUAAUCCUGCGGAUACUGCAACUCGGCGGCUGUCCUGAGCGGGUGGCCGUCAAGAGCGCCCUCUUGUGGUGGUUGAACCCCUUGCCCGCGACCGUCUCUAGUCGGGGGAAUGCGGAAUCCGUCAUGUCGGUGUUGGUGCUAUCCACGCUUUACACCCUGAUGAAGCACCACACACGGACGGCUGCGUUGCUCUACGCCAUGUCCGUCCACGUCAAAAUCUAUCCAGUGACGUACUGUGUUCCUAUAUACUUUCUACUGGGCCGAGACUAUCACAGAACAUCUCCGGGAGGAAUAACACAUGGUUUCAAAGACGGAUUUUCAAGGUGGAUUGCUGAGCUGUUCUGGCCGAACAAGUCCCGGCUGGAGUUUGUCUUUGUCUCGGUAACUACAUUUACCCUGCUAACCGGGCUGAUGUAUUAUUGCUAUGGAGAUGAUUUCCUAGAAGAGACAUACUUUUACCAUGUUACUCGCCGUGACGUCCGGCAUAACUUCUCCCCGUAUUUCUACAUGCUGUACUUGACAAGUGAGUCCCCGCUGUCCUUCGCUGUCGGUCUCCUUGCUUUCUUACCACAGGUCAUGCUCCUCAUCGCCCUGUCCAUCCGCUACUACAAGGACAUUGCGUUCUGCUGUUUUGCACAGACCUUCGUUUUUGUGGCUUUCAACAAAGUGUGCACAUCUCAGUACUUCUUGUGGUAUCUUUGCCUCUUUCCUCUUGUCAUCCCAACGCUGAGGAUGAAGCUGUCGGAAGCUCUCUGCCUCACAGUGCUCUGGUUUCUUGGACAGGCCCUGUGGCUGUAUUUGGCCUACCACCUGGAGUUUGAAGGCAAGGACACCUUUCUGGCGGUGUGGCUGGCCGGCCUCGUUUUCUUUGCCGUGAAUAUCACAAUCCUGGUCAGAAUGAUAACGACCUACGAGGAACAUCAGACUUUUGUGGGCGGCAAGUUGGCUCUGAUGGCCAGAAGGUGACAGAAGAGCAGCCACAGAAAUUCUGUUUGGACAGCGACUUUUAAUCUCAAUUACUGAACAUUUCAGAUGUCCUCUUUAGAUGAAAUCAGGACCAAAAGGGAAUUUUCAGAAUUCGGGUUUCAAUCAAAGAGACAGUCAACCACCACCACCAUCGAACAGCUUUUAUACUUUCAUGAGCUACCUGGUCAAUAGUGUAUAUUUCCUCCCAUGUAUUGUACAAUGUUCCUGACUAUAUUUUGCUGCGUUUGUUUUUCUCCUUUGUUUACCCUACAUGUCUUCUUCUCGAUUGUACUAAUUUUAACUGUUGACGGUUGUUACCGGUUAUAUUGUAUUUGUAACAAAUCUUUUACGUGUAAAUAUUCUAAUUUCUUGUAACUUAUUGUAUUUUGUUCAUUUCAAUGGAAUGAAAUAAAGUUUCCAUUUGAAAAGUC